AUGUCCGAAUGGAUCCUUUCAAACAUUCUCGAUGAGUGCAGACGUGGCCGCCUUGCAGGGAGUUCCUCUUCUGAUGCUGCUUACCCGACAUGCACGCCGGGCACUGCAGCGUUCCAGCAGCUGCGCCUGGGUCAGCAGGCGGUACGGGGUGGCGGUCUGCCGGAGGACCUCCCUCAAGUCUCCCCGGUUCAGAUGUCCCAUCCGAGCGUGCCACAACGCUUCGGAGGCCUGGUCCACUCCUUUGCACGCAUCUUCUUCGAGUAUCACAGCUGCACUACCGAGUUCAGAGGUUGA